UCCUGCAUGGAUUUACACAGUCAGGUUAAUUGUGAUGGGAUAUUAGACAGAGAGAGCCCCCCCCUUGUCUUUUACUACUGCUGAGGGAUUCCUGGUUUUAUUUGAGACAGUUUGAUGAGCUGGCUCAAUGGACCCCCAACAGCCCUCCGCCCUCCCACUGCAGCUGCAUGGCAACAGUUUUACUAUGAGCCCUGGACAAGUGCCAGUGCCACAGUACAAUGGAGGAGGCAGUGGAGGCCAAGACGCAGAACUUCAUCAGCAAAACAUGACCUCCUCUGCUCAUGUCAGUUCCAGGUUGAGCCCAGAUGAACCGUUUCCGAGCCCACUGGAGCGCCCGGUUCACUGCCAUGCCAAGGGCAAGCUGGACAUCAAGAGCAGGAGCUGCACUCUACUCACCAUCUGCCGCUCCGGAGUAAUUUUUCCCUGGAUGAAUCCACGGACAACUGACUCUGAUCAAUCUGCGGUAGGCGGCGGCGGUGUGGCUCCUGGUCCGCCGCACAGAGGCAAGCCUGACCGGCGAAGGGAGAGGACGGCCUUCACCAACAGCCAGCUGGUGGAGCUGGAGAAGGAGUUCCACUUCAACCCUUACCUGCGUCAGUCCCGGAGGCUGGAGAUGGCCGCCGGGCUGCAGCUCACCGAUCGCCAAGUCAAGAUCUGGUUUCAGAACCGCAGGAUGAAGUACAAGAAGGAGCACAAGCAGGGAAAAGUGUCGGGUGGGUCCCAGCAGUCUCCCUGCCGCCUGACCUCCAGCACCAGCUCAUGUGCAGAUCAGCUGAUGUUCUCUGGUUCAUGUGCCGUCAGGGCGUCCUCCUCCUCAGACCUCCACUACAUGGAUUAUGCUCCUGUGUCCUCCUCCCUCAUUGGCUCUUACAGUGACGGCGGCAGGGGUCAGUGUGUUCACCCGGCAGACCUUCCCCGACUGAGUUGUAUAUUUCCAUCUGUUGCAAAUGGUCCACCGCCCUCCUGUAUGGCCGUAGAUAGCCUUAACCAUGCUGGCAUUUCAAACUGGCCCUAGGGCCCCAUAAUGGCCGUCCCUCCUGUGCUCAUCAAAAUCUCAAUGAUACGUCCACUUUCACUUAGUUAUGAAAGACUGGAGGACGUGUGAUUAGGCUGAAAUCCCUUCAACACACCCAGUCAUGAAGCAUUUUAAUUAAACUCGCCGAACACGUCCUAAUUAAAGGAGAGCUGCAGUGACACCAUUCGUGCUUCUCAGGCACCGUGACAGACGACUGCGGGUCCUCAAACUUGCUGCUCUUUUUGCAUGUUCACUGCAUGUACAAGACAUUUAUCCAGUCAAUAAUUGCUUUGGUGGUCAUUUUCUGGAUCCUACAUUUGUAUUGUUUUGCACGUGGAGCUUGUACUAUGAGUGAUCUUUUUACUUCCCUGUGUUUGCAGAUAGCGGUGUAGUGUUUGUCAUAUAUUUGUUAGUGCCACAUUAGGCCUCUUGUUUAUUAUUUAUACUGCAAAAAGUAUUUGUGUACAAACGUUUUAAACUGUGAAAUGGACAGAAUAAUGUUCAAAAUUAAUGAUGUUAUAUUUUUGUUAAAGCCAUUAAAGGAUGUGGCAAGUCUUUGAUACAGCUCUUGAUUAAUUGAGAUGUCACAUACUGUACAUGCUGAAUAAACGCAUCUGGGAAAACUGUACUGUUUCGCUUAUUAAAAAAACCUUCUUCUACUGCA